CUAAGAAAAAUCGCGAAACCGCCAAGUUCGAACAGUUUGCCGCACAAGAACGAUACUCGUGCUUUUCCUCCCCUGAUCGUCUGAGGGCGCAUUGCGGAUCGAUAGUAGAAACAGCAGCGCGGGAAUGGAGGAGGGAGGAAGCGGGUGGUGUUGCUCCGCCGCCUCUGUGGCGAGCGAGGUCGAGCAUGCGAAGGAGAGGUGCAGGCGCGUCAUCCACAAGAUCAACGGCUUGCCACUCUCCAGAAUCGCCCAGUCCUGCAAGGCGACCCUUCUCAAGUCCGCCAAGACGGAACUCAAUUUCCUCUCCCGACUCUCACCAUUCUCUACCCGAAUCUGUUCAAACAUUGGCUAUGUUGAGUCUGUUGUACGUAUCCUUGAGCAACCUUGCAUAGCUGGGGUAUCACGUGUUUGCAAACCUAUUCCGUUAUCUUUAUGGGGGAAGAAAUGUCAUCCUGGAUCAGCAAAGGUUCAUGUUGAUAUAAUUUGUACUCUAAACAGGAACCCAGUUUGGAUUAUUGUGUCUGAUAGGAACCCAAAAUACGUUUCCUGGCAUGAUUCUCAUAGGCAGAAGGGGCUAAAGGCACGCAUUCAGCUAGUUCUUGAAACAGCUCAUUCUGCAUCAACUUUAAGGCCAGAUUCAAUUAUCUUUUUCUUUGCGAAGGGUCUUGGUGAGAUUGCUUCACAAGGGUUGGUGAAAAACUUCAAGGCCACUAAUAUCAGCAGCAAAUUUAUUGUUUCUGAAGAUGAUAUUUUUGAGGAGCUAGAGGGGGACUGGGUGAAGAUAACACAGAAAGUGCAGACACUCACUGAGCUAGUUGCUGAUUCUUCAAGUUCACAUCAAGGGGCUCUAGCAUUCCAGAUCAGGGUAAAUGACAUAAAGGACAAUGACGAUGAAGGGGAAGGGGAAGAUGAUCAGCUUAGUUAUAUGAAUGCUGAAGCAGACGUGACCAACUCACCUGGUGAUGUUGUAGCCGUGUCAGAUAGCCCUUUCCAUCUGCUGCUAUCUGCCAUUAGAUCUAAUUCAACAGGUUUAGAUAGACUGGAUAAUCUUUUUGAAGAACGUCUGAUAAAUUUCGAUACAACAGCUUUGGUUGCAAUAGUGACUGGGACUAGCAAUGGGUGCACAGAACAGCUACUGAAAGCAUCUGAAAGUGAAAUGAGGAGACGCUUUAAGAGCAACUACAACUUUGUUUUAACUCAGGUGAAGUCUGAAUGUGAAAAUCCAAUCAUAGAGGAACUGAGAGCUUUAGUUUGUCAUAAGAGACCAAUAAUCUGCAAAACUGUUUGUUCUGAAUUCAAGGCACUAGUUUCCUUGUGUGGUGGACCUAAUGAGAAAGUUAGAGCGGAUUGUUUGCUAAAAUAUCUUCUAGUUGUACCGGACAAUCCUUCUGCUCGAAUAAUAGGCCUACCAACUACUCGGAAGCUGUCUUUAAAGAAUAAGAUUAUAUUUGGUACGGGUGACUACUGGCAUGCUCCAACAUUGACAGCAAAUAUGGCAUUCGUGAGAGCCAUAUCUCAAACUGGAUGCGACAGGACAUAAUACUGGUGCCCUCUCCGCAAGCCCGCAUUGGAUUCGGAUGUCUUUACACUGGAAUAAGUUUGUUUAACAAAACCAUCCAAAUCCUUCUCUGGCCUACCAGGACAGAGGAGGAAAGAGAAUAUGAUUCCUGUUGAUAUUUUUAAUGUUUAGGUACCAUCCAAGAAUCGACCAACUGGGCGUAAUCUCUUGGUAGGUAAGCCACAAACGAUCAUGCUUUUCUUUCUCAGGACAGAUAAAAUG